ACCCCGGGCCCCGGCGCGACGCCAUGGCCGACGGGCCCUGGGACUCGCCGGCGCUCAUCCUCGAGCUGGAGGACGCCGUGCGGGGCCUCCGGGACCGCCUGGACCGCAUCGAGCAGGAGCUCCCUGCCCGUGUGAACUUCUCAGCCGCGCCAGCCCCUGCGCCCGCGGUGCCUACCGCCCUACACUCCAAGAUGGACCAACUGGAGGGCCAGCUGCUGGCCAAGGUGCUGACGCUGGAGAAGGAGCGCAUGGCUCUCGGUCACAGCAGCCACCGGCAGCGGCAGGAAGUGGAGAAGGAGCUGGAUGCGCUACAGGACCGAGUCGCUGAGCUGGAGCAUGGGUCCUCAGCCUACAGCCCCCCAGAUGCCUUCAAGAUCAGCAUCCCCAUCCGCAACAACUACAUGUACGCCCGUGUGCGGAAGGCACUGCCUGAGCUCUACGCCUUCACCGUCUGCAUGUGGCUGCGGUCCAGGUCAGGUGGCAAUGGCCAGGGCACACCCUUCUCCUACUCUGUGCCCGGGCAGGCCAAUGAGAUCGUGCUGCUGGAGGCGGGCCACGACCCCAUGGAACUGCUGAUCAAUGACAAGGUGGCCCAGCUGCCCCUGAGCCUGAAGGACAAUGGCUGGCACCACAUCUGCAUCUCCUGGACUACAAGGGACGGGCUGUGGUCUGCCUACCAGGAUGGGGAGCUGCAGGGCUCUGGCGAGAACCUGGCCGCCUGGCACCCCAUCAAGCCACAUGGGAUCCUUAUCCUGGGCCAGGAGCAGGAUACCCUGGGAGGCCGGUUUGAUGCCACUCAGGCCUUCGUGGGUGACAUCGCCCAGUUUAACCUGUGGGACCAUGCCCUGACACCUGCCCAGGUCCUGGGCAUUGCCAACUGUACCGGGCCACUGCUGGGCAACGUCCUUCCCUGGGAAGACAAGCUGGUGGAGGCCUUCGGGGGUGCAAAAAAGGCCGCCUUUGAUGUCUGCAAGGGGAGGGCCAAGGCAUGAAAGGCCACCUCAUUCAGGGUCCCUCCCUUGCCUGCCAUUUCGGGGACCUGAUUGUGGGGGCACACAUUCCAUCCUCAGCCUACCCAUACCUUGCCCCACCUCCUGCCCUGCUCCUGGCCGUGCCUCCAGUUUCCCCCACCUAUCCCUACACCUCCAGAAUGCCUUGCCCUGCAAUGGCUGUCCCCUAACCCCACUUGGAUGGGGACAAGCAGCUCAAGCCAACAAGUCAAGCCUGGGGUGAGUCCAGAGCCGGGGGGUGGGGGGUGGGUAGCAGUGCCUGCAGUUCUGUCUACUCUCUUGGUGUCACACUAGAGCUGUCUCUUACCCCCACCCACCCUGGCCCAUCAGCCACGUCUGAUUCUACUGAUCCCAACCGUACGUCCCGCCGGGCUGUGGGGGGAUCUCAGUGGCAGGCCUGGCUGUCUGCCCUCCUGUCCCCCGUGCAACAGGCCUGGCCCCUUCCCCUUCAGGGCCACAAGAAGCUCUAGAGCUGUCCCCUCAGCUGAGAAGGGCAUGACAGAGACCUAUGAGACUCAGACUCACCCCUCCUCCGUCUGUCCACCAGUUGCCCAUGAAGGGGCAACGGGAUCUUGAUGGAGCCUCCUGCACCCUCUCUUCCUCCUCUUUCCUGUUUCUUUGUGUGCAGUGGUUUGAAUGUUGGUUCCAUGCCUUGUCCACCCCCACUUCAGUUUCCAAGACAUUCCCUUCCUGGCUCCAGCCUGAGGGACCAAGACUCUAGGAGGCCAAAAGGCCGCAGUCACCCCUUGUGCCCAUCCACACGUGUGCUAACUGGCAGGUCAUCUCUCCUCCUCCAUGCUCAGGACAGGACCUGGGCUCCAUCACCUGGGCUAGGUGCACCUUGAGGCAGAGGCACUGUGCCCUGGAGACCCAAGCUAUGGAAGAGCCACAUGACCUAACCCUCCCGCCGGCCCUGCAGUCUCUGGGGGAGGGAAGGAAGACACUGAGCAGGCAAAGAGGGGAGAAGUGUGGAGUGCAGAGCCCCGGACGAGAAGGGGGAACCCAUGGUUCCCAGCCGGCCCUGCUGCCAACCUGCUGCGUGGCCUUCUGGAAGUCCCUGCUCUCUCUGGUCUGGCCUUCCUCAUUUGUGAGCUGAGGCCCUUGCUUUGGUCAUUUCUGAGAGCUCUCCAGAUCAAACGUGAGAUGGUCUGUGAUUCUAAGUGGAUAGGGUGGGGCAAGCCUGAAGCUCCUGAGCAACCAAGGGGACAUGGCAGGGGUAGAGCUAGAGGCUCUGGGAUCUGGCUGGGCAUGGGUCAGGGUCAGCAACUGGCUCCAGAGAGGCAGGGGCAAGGGCGAGGGGCCAGGCAGACCAACGUCAUGCACAGAUUGCAAAAACCAGCUUUUCUGGAUUACAGCCCACCCCCACCCAGCCUGGCACCCUGGUGGCCUGGCUGAGAGUGUCUGAAAGGGAUAGUGACAUCGAGGUCCCCACCCUGAGUCCUCGCCAACGCCCCGAAAAGACUAAAAGGAUGUAAAAGCUGAGUAAAGCCACCCGGUCUGACCUCUCCCUCGUAUAGACAGGGAAGAGCUCAGAGAGGUCUAACGCCUUGCACAGGAUCACCCACACAAUGGGGGCAGAACCAGGACUAUAAUGAAGGGCUUCUGAAUCCCUUGUCAGUGCUCUUCCCCUCCUGUGUCACACUGCCUGUCCAUGAGUGUCUUUGAGUCCAGCCUUCACCGGAGAGGUUGGACAUCUGAGAGGUCAGAAGGCUUUCCACCAUGAACAUCUUCCUUUAUGACUCGCAGAAACGUCUUGGUGUCCGGCCCCACCAGGAGGGAGGGGGAGGGCAGGUGUGGUCUCCAGGCACUCUGGCAGGAAGAGAAAGCUGGAAACGCAGGUGUCCCUUCUGCCAGUCACCUACCAGGUGUCUGGGCAGCGGCAGGCUGCUGGGCUCAAGCAGGGACAGGUGCCUUUUGCCCUGCUUUCUGUUCCCCGUCUCUGUUCCCCACUGCCCAUAACCCAAGGCAUGUCGCAAGAGCUGCAGGCCGUGGGGCCCAUUGCCAUGGAGGCCCCUCCAAAACGUGUGGCCUCCAUCCCCCAGAUCCUUGUUUCCAUUUCAAGAGCACGAAUAGACCGCUGGGCACCUCCAGCUCAGCUCCCGCCAGAAGCAGCAGGAGGGCAUGCUUCCGCUGGAACCUGCUGAGACCUAGGUUGCCCUGGUAACAGCCAAUGACAUCAGCUCAGGGGCCGGGUCAAGCGUCUCUUAAUGACAUACACUGUUGCUGGGGAGAUAGCGGGAUUCAGAACUCGGAUUGUGGGGACACCGGGCUCUGUUGGGCUUCCGGUCUUGUGUUAAGGAGGCCGCUCUUGUGGAGGCCCUGGGGGAAACAAAGGGUCUUAGCGGGAAAGUGACAGGCCUUGUUUGAUCGCUGAGCCCACCAGAGGCGUCAUCCGAGUCCUUCAUGCUUUGCCAUGCUCAUGAUGAGACGUCUGACCUCAGUCCUUGCUGAGUCACCCUGGUCAGCCCUCGGAAGGGAACAGGAACAAACUGGGGGCGUCCAGAUGCAGGCUGUGAGUCCAGGCCAUUGGUGGGGACCCAUCCCCACUCCAGGAAGAUGAAAGCCCUGGGGUCCCCACCCCUCCUUCACCCACUGAUCGUUCUUCACCUCUGCCCGCCGCCUGCCGUCAGGACUCCGGUUUUGGUUGUGUUCAGCUGCUCCUGGGCGCUGUCAAGAAGAUGGCGAAAGGAGCUAGAAGUGUCGCUUGGUUGUGUCCCGGGGCUGCUGUGGCUAAUGACGGUGCCCAGAGCCUGGGUUGUUACAACCUUAAGUGUCCGGCGCUGUGCUGAGCACCUCACAGGCAUCAUCUCAUUUAUCCUCACAACGCAGUUAGGAGGUUGGAACAGUUCUGGGCCCCAUUAUACAAGGGAGGGCCCUGGGGCACAGAGAGGUGAAGUAACCUGCCCAGUGUCAGUCAGCUGGAAAGUGAUGGAGUCCAGAGUUCAAACCAAACAGGUUACAUCCAGGACCAAAGGGAUGGGCACCCCUACUCUCUGUAGGGACACUUAGCAUUGUUGCUUCCAGUGGAUUUUGGCCUGAAGUGAUGCUUUACCCCAUUUGCUACCCUCACAGAGUUUGUGGUGAAGGCAGAGGCCCGGGAUGGCCUGGUCCCCUUGGGUGAGGCCUUGGGAGGGGUCUCAGCCCCUUCAGGGAACAUGUGCCUCUGCAGUGUGCCCACCACGUCAGCCCUUCUGCAUCUGGCUAGUUUCCAGGAGAAAUGAAAGGGAAGAGGAAGCCGGAUAGUCUCCCAAGAGCCCUAGUCAGGGAAGGGGGAAAAGGAAGUUUCUUAAGCUCCUGCUUUAGGCCAAGCCCCGUGCCAGGUGCUUCACAGCUCUUAUCUGCCAGAUCUCCCCACCUUUGUGGCGUGUUGAACCCCCAGUCAACAUCCCAAGGGGACAGAUCACCUUGCCAUAAUUGUGCAUGACCUUGGACCACAGCUUUGGGCAGGAAGGAUUCUUCAAGAGGCCUUGUUUCACAGAUGAGGAUCCGGGGGCCCAGGGAAGGUGAGUGCCCCUCGGGGCCACCCAGCCAGGACCCCUGGAGACCUGAUCUCAGCUUUCUGACUCUCCACAACAUAGCGGUCCUUACCCCCACCCCCAAGAACUGGGUCCCUGCUCCUCCACAUUUCCUAGCACCUUGCCCUGAGCAGACUGGAGAAGGGGUCCCCUCCCAAAGUUGGGAUCAUUCUCUUCCCCUCUGUCACAGCAGCCUGCCACCCCAAAUCCCACCUCACCCCUGCUGGGUGGGGAAGGGGCUCACGUGGGCCCAGGCUGAGCAGUGAGUGAGCGCGUCCAGCUGUCCGACACUGUGAAAUUAGUGCACCUUCCUGGUGACCCAUCCCCCCUUCUCCUUGCCCAGUUUUGUACAUAAAGUGACAUGAGAUGCAACACGUGUGUAUGUGUGUGUGUGUGUGUGUGUGUGUGUGUAUGAGACAUGUCAUGGGUUUUUGUUACUUUUUUGUUUUUGUAAAUUUGAAUGUUCUAAAUAAACAAUGUUUACUCUGAG